AUGACUGUUCUUUCGAAUUCCAACAAUCCGAAGGAAUCCAGCCAUGCGGCCACGGCCAACAUCGAAUCGGACGAUUCUCAAUCAUCUCACCUCGAGCACUAUGGCCCACUAGCACAUGUGAACACUGUGGAGUCCCGACUGCCUGCCUUUGCGGGUGAAUUACAACCGGGUCUAUACCGGACGCCCAAGCUUCGAAAGUUUGCAAACCCUGCGCCUCUGGGUCUCUCGGGUUUUGCCUUGAGCACAUUUGUACUGGGGUGCAUCAAUAUGGGCACACGGGAUAUUACAGAGCCUAAUAUAGUUGUUGGUUCUGCUUACGCUUAUGGUGGUCUGGUGCAGCUUCUCGCGGGCAUGUGGGAAAUGGCUGCUGGAAACACAUUUGGUGCCACUGCCCUGUCUUCAUACGGUGGUUUUUGGAUCGCCCUCGGUAUCACCUUUACCCCUGGGCUCCAAGUCAUGUCAGAGCUUCAGAAAGCUGACAGUACCGGGUCAACUGACAUGUUCUACGACUCUUAUGGGUUGUUUCUUAUGGGCUGGUUCGUUUUCACGUUUCUUCUCCUCACAUGCACUGUCAAAUCGACUGCGGUGUUCUUUUCCCUGUUCGCAUGUGUCGAUAUUGCUUUCUUGAUGCUUGGGAUUGGACACCUCCAUCGGGAUUCCCACGGAAAGCCUAAUCAGCCAAUCCUCCAAGUUGGAGGCUUAUUUGCUCUUAUUGCUGCAUUUCUGGCGUGGUAUUCUGCCCUGGCGGGUAUUGCGGACAACAGCAACAGCUUUUUUGUCAUUCCUGUCUUCCACUUCCCGUGGUCCGAGAAAGGCAGGGCUUCCAGACGCCAGGCUGCUGGCGAUGUUUAG